CCGUGUGUAACGUACAAGGUUGACGCACUAAGGUAAGAAAAAAAGCAAAGAGAAGGCGAACCAACCGAGCAGAAAAAAAAGAUGUCUGAAUCCAAGUACCGCGAGUGGAUCCUGGACACUAUCGACUCGCUGCGGUCGCGAAAAGCCCGGCCGGACUUGGAGAGGAUUUGCCGAAUGGUCCGGAGACGACACGGGUCCGAGCCCGACCGAACCUGCGCAGAACUGGAGAAACUGAUUCAGGAACAAACCGUGCUGAAAGUUAACUACAAGGGCUCUAUUUCGUACAGAAACGCCGCCAAGGUUCAGCGGAGAAGCAGAAAAAAAGACGAUGUAACGUUAACGACGGCUGCGAGAAGGAGCGCGGUGGAAGAAGCCAGUCAUUCUGACUUGAGCAACGGGGACAGCGCUUUCGGUCCUGUUGACCAGGACGAGGAGGAUUUGGAGGCUGACACCUCUAUGGCAAUGGACACAGACAGUAAUGCAGAUGAGGAGGGGGCUGAUGAGAGCCGGGAUGGGCAGGACGGACCCUCUCCUGGCCGCACAUAUGAAGAUGCCGCCGUGCACUGCGCCUCUGUGCGGGCUGUCUCUGCCCCGUGCUCUCCGUCUGGCACUCGGCCUGGCCCCGGCCCCGGCUGCGGCCCUGGCUCGGGUCUGGACUGUGUCUCUUUCCAGAAGGCUGGUGAGAGGCCCAGCUCCUUGCCCCCCUCCAGCCCCAGGGCCCUCGCACACAAUGACUGGGCCUAUCAUUCUGCUGUAUGCCCAGUGGAGCGCCAGCACCCAGGAAUGCAGAGAGACAAAGCAGCCACGAAGCCAGCAAUCCACUCUGUAACUACCAGCCCUGGUGCUUUAAAGAACAAUGUGAUGAAAGAAGAUGGAGGCAAGGCAGAGGAUAGUGGCCUUUCAUCUGAUCAGUUGGUACCAGACUAUGCAGCAGGGCAGGAUGAGACCAAGAAUGUAUCUGAUGGAAGACCACAAGCACUGUCUUUGCCAUCUGACAAUUGUACAUUUAAGAAUAAGAUAGACAUAUCCUCCUUCACAGCAGCCGACGACAGUCUCCUGAAUGGUGGUAAAUGUGAUGAAGUCUCUGUGAAGAAGGAGAAGAUGAGCCAGAACUUGUUGCAGUGGACUGUGGCAGAUGUGGCCAGUUACUUCUCAGCUGCAGGCUUUCCAGAGCAGGCCGUGGCUUUUCGAACACAGGAAAUAGAUGGAAAGUCCCUUCUCCUAAUGCAGCGGAGUGACGUGUUGACUGGUUUGUCUAUCCGACUCGGUCCAGCACUCAAAAUCUAUGAGCGCCACGUAAAGGUGCUUCAGAGGACCCACUUCUUGGAAUUUGAAGACCUCUGAAGUUGUGUUUUACAUGACAGACAAUGCUGCAUUGACCCAAACGUGCAUGCAGUGCCCUCUCCCAUCUGGACCCUGCCACCCACCUUCAUAUACAGAAUAUGUAGAGGGUGAGUGAAGGGGGAAGGCUGCGGUGGAAUUAACUUUCACUGUGAGAAUGACCAGAAACUGAAAGACAGUCAUCCUACCUCUCAUUAUAGUCUUUGGUUUUCAUUUCACCCAUGCGGCCAUGUUCGAAUGCAUUGCCAAGGGAGUAGACCGCUACGUUCAGCCUGUGGAGGAGCAAUGACCUUUCUGCAAGAGCAAAAGAUGGAUAAUGGUGCCAUUGAAGGGGACUGAGCCUUGCACCAAGUGGACCACCUACAGGCUAACGUACCCACAGAGACAUGACUGCGCAGGGCUGUGAGCAGUGUUGUCACAGUUUUGGGUCCACAUGAAAAUGUUGGUUUGCUGUGGCUCCAGCAUUUCUCCCUGCAUCCCCUGUGCUGUAUCUAUUAUGGUACCUUCUGUUUGUCCAGAAACUGUAAGUCACACAGAUCAACAAAAAGCACAUCUGUUGUGAUUUUUUUUCCUUUUCUCAUAUGAUGAGUUGAAUUAAAUGUCAUCGUAAGUGCUGGGGAAGUCAGACUAUCUGCAUUACAUAUCUGCAUGUCACCAGAGUCUGAGUCGUGACUUAUCAUGCCACCAAUAGCUGCUGAUGUUGGAGUAUGUCUUCAGUGUAACUCUGAGAUAUAACCAAACUGAUAUCCUUCUACCUGCUGGCAAGGCAAUAUGUUGCGUUUUUUUUCUUCUUCUAUCUUCUUUAGAACCGACUGUGGUCCAACUUUAAUACAGUUGCAUUUUGGGGAACAAUUACAGAUGGAUGUGAGCAGGAAUGUGCAGCCUAAUGGAAUUUGCUUUCACACAGUACAUGAGCAAAAUAAAGUAAUAAACUUUGUGAAAUGUUAUUGUAAUACUGAAUAUGUUGUUUUAAAUCGAAUACAGCUGCUCAGUGCCUGUUUACAGAGCAGAUAUGUUGAUCAAAUGCAAUAUUUUAUGUUAUCACCCAUUUAUGAUUUGUCCAGUGUUUCUUUGUGUUUUGAUCAAAAUCAGCCUCUUGAAUUGUAACAUUCCAUGAUGUAGUCUACAUCUCAAGUGUAUCUCCUCCCCUUUUUAUCUGUAACAUUGACAUUUCUUCCAGAGUCACAAAUAAAG